UUAUCUAAUUUCAAUUGUUGAGUUUUCUUCUUCUUUGAGUUCUUUGUUUGAUCGAACUAUUAUUAUAAAAAAUGGCUGGAAAAGCAAUAGGGAUAGAUUUAGGAACAACAUAUUCAUGUGUUGGAGUAUGGUUAUCACAAGAGAAUCGUGUGGAGAUCAUUACUAAUGAUCAGGGAAAUCGCACUACUCCUUCCUAUGUUGCUUUUAAUGGGUAUGAACGUAUGGUUGGUGAUGCGGCUAAAAAUCAAGUUGCUGUGAAUCCUAGCAACUCCAUUUUUGAUGCGAAACGCUUGAUUGGUAGGAAAAUGAGUGAUAGCUUUGCUCAGAGUGAUAUGAAGCUAUGGCCCUUCAAAGUCAUUCCUGGCGUCAACGAGAAACCCAUGAUUCAAGUCAGUUACAAGGGCAAGGAUAUACAUUUUUCAGCCGAGGAAAUUUCAGCCAUGAUUCUGAGUAAGAUGCGAGAAACUGCUGAAGCGUACCUUGGUUCAAUCGUUAAGAACGCUGUUAUAACCGUCCCAGCUUACUUUAGUGAUUCUCAGAGACAAGCUACAAAGGAUGCUGGUAAAAUUGCUGGUCUUAAUGUACUUCGAAUCUUGAAUGAACCAACGGCGGCUGGAAUUGCUUAUGGUCUUGAUAAGAAAGUGGCCGGUGUUGGUGCGAAGAAUGUUCUUAUCUUCGAUCUUGGUGGUGGUACUUUUGAUGUUUCAAUACUUACCAUUCAUGGGGAUAUCCUUGAAGUCAAGGCAACAUCUGGAGAUACACAUCUUGGAGGAGAGGAUUUUGAUAACAGGUUGUUGCAUCACUUUGUUCAGGAGUUCAAUAUGAAGUACAAAAUGGAUGUUAGUGGAAACCCAAAGGCUCUUACGAAGUUGAGAGCAUCAUGUGAGAGAGCCAAACGAACCCUCUCAUCUACUGCUAGGACAACCAUUGAGAUUGAUGCUUUGUAUGAAGGAGUCGAUUUUCAUACAUCCAUUACUCGUGCUAAAUUCGAACACCUGAACAUGGAUGUGUUUAUGAGAUGUAUGGAACCUAUUGAAAAGUGUUUGAAAGAUGCAAAGAUGGAUAAGAGUGCCAUUGACGAAGUUGUCCUCGUAGGUGGGUCCACUAGAAUUCCCAAAGUUCAGUCUCUAUUGCAGGAUUUAUUUAACGGGAAGGAACUCUGCAAGAGCAUCAACCCUGACGAGGCUGUAGCUUAUGGUGCUGCAGUGCUAGCUGCUCAGUUGACUGGUGAUGGUAAUGAGAAGGUGCAAGACUUGGUGUUGUUGGAUGUUACCUCUCUUUCUCUUGCAAUAGGAAUAGAUUUAGGAACAACAUAUUCAUGUGUAGGAGUAUGGCAGAAUGACCGUAUUGAGAUUAUUGCUAAUGAUCAAGGAAAUCGUAUUACACCUUCUUAUGUUGCUUUUUCUGAUAAUGAACGUAUGAUUGGCGAUGCUGCUAGAAAUCAAGUCGCUAUGAAUCCUACCAACACAAUUUUCGAUGCAAAACGUUUAAUUGGUAGGAAAUUCAGCGACAGCUUUGUUCAGAGUGAUAUGAAGCUAUGGCCCUUCAAAAUCAUUCCUGGCUUAGACAACAAACCCAUGAUACAAGUCAAUUACAAGGGCGAGGAUGUAAAGUUUUCAGCUGAAGAAAUAUCAUCUAUGGUUCUCACAAAGAUGAAAGAAACUGCCGAACUUUAUCUUGGUUCAACUGUUACGGAUGCUGUUGUUACAGUUCCUGCCUACUUUAAUGAUUCUCAGCGUCAAGCUACAAAGGAUGCUGGUACAAUUGCUGGACUUAAUGUACUGCAAAUCCUAAAUGAACCAACAGCAGCUGGAAUUGCUUAUGGUCUUAAUAAAGCGACAACUAUUGGUCCAAACAAUGUUCUUAUCUUUGAUUUUGGUGGUGGUACUGUUGAUGUUUCGAUACUCAGCAUUAAUGGGGGUAUUUUCAAAGUCAAGGCUACAUCUGGAGAUACACAUCUUGGAGGGGAGGAUUUGGAUAACCGGUUGCUAAAUCAUUUUGUGCAAGAAUUUAAGAAGAAGUACGAAAAGGACAUUAGUGGAAACCCAAGGUCCCUUAGGAGGCUGAGAACAUCAUGUGAGAGAGCCAAACGAACCCUCUCAUCUACUCCUAGGACAACCAUUGAGGUUGAUGCUUUGUACGAAGGAAUAGAUUUUCAUACUCCUAUUACUCGGGCUAAAUUCGAAGAGCUGAAUAUAGAUUUGUUCAGGAAAAGCAUGGAACCUGUUGAGAAAUGUCUGGCUGACGCAAAAAUGGAUAAGAAAGCCAUUCAUGAAGUUGUCCUCGUUGGUGGGUCCACUAGAAUUCCGAAGGUUCAGGUUAUUUUGCAGGAAUUCUUCAAUGGAAAGAAACUCUGCAACAGCAUCAACCCUGAUGAGGCUGUGGCUUGUGGUGCUGCCGUGCAAGCUGCUAUUUUGAGUGGUCGAGGUAAAGAAAAGGUGCAGGACUUGGUGUUGUUGGAUGUUACCCCUCUUUCUCUUGGUGUUGAGACAUUCGGAGGUCUUAUGAGUGUAAUUAUCCCAAGGAACACAAGCAUUCCCGUCAAGAAGGAAAAGAUCUACACUACCACCUUAGACAAUCAAAGCAAUGUAUUGUUUCCGGUGUACCAAGGUGAGAGAGCUAGAGCCCGUGACAAUAACUUGUUGGGUGAGUUCGUCUUGCAAGGAAUUCGUCCAGCACCUCGUGGUGUUCCUAAAUUUACUGUAUGUUUUCAUAUGGAUGAAGAUGGUAUAUUGAAUGUGUACGCUGAGGAGAAGACAACAGGAAACAAAAACAAGAUCAUUGUUACAAAUAACAAAGGGAGGUUUUCGAAGGCUGAAAUUGAGAGGUUAGUUCAAGAGGCUGAAAAAUACAAAUUGGAAGAUGAAGAACUACGCAGAAGGCGUGCUGAAGGUGAUCAAUGAAAUGCUAGCAGCAAGAUGAAUAGAUUCAUCACUAAGAUGUACUUUCAACCGGUCCUCCCACUAUCUAAGCAGUCAUUUUGAGUUCGUUUUAAUUGGUAGGGGUUUGUUGUAUUGGUUUGCAUUUGGUGUUAUUUAAAUUUGCUCUGUAUAAAAGUUGGUUUCCUCAAACGUUUAUUAAGUUAAA